UUUUAGAUUUUUUGUCGUUCUGACAACUUAUCCAGUCCUGUCAAAUAUCACUAGCAAAAAUGACGGAAUUCUCUGCAAAAUUACUGUGAAACAAAUCUAUAGGUACUGUUUUCUUUUGGAAAUUCAAUAUCACGAUUACACAAAGAUGGGCGCUGCUCAAUCAGUUCGUGCGACGGCCUUCCAGCGACCGAAAUCUACCUCCACAGAGUCGUUCAUUGACGAUGAGCCUGACGAUCACCACAUCAGCAUUUCGAACAAAAUGGUGGAGAGAUUAGUAGAAGACGCAACGCUGUCGGGCAGCACGACGGUGACGUCACAGCCCUCGCCGCGCGGCGACUUCAGAGACAAAAUAUACAUAGAGAAACUCAAGUGCAUGGAUGAGAGCCAUUCGGAGAUUACAGGAAUAACGCUAGAAGAUUUGAAUGCAAUAGCGAAUCGUAUAGACAUGCGCACUGCGAACAUGGUGAGCGUGGAGCCUGUAUGUGCAGAAUGUAAGCAGCGGGUUAUCGACUGUUAUAACGAAAACAAGAACGGCGCCGAUGUUUUUAAGUGCUGGGAGACUGUGGGAGCGUUCACGAAGUGUGUGCAGGAGGCGGCGUCGUCUCGUCUCCGCGCGCGCACGCAGCGCGACGCCCGCGAGCGCGCGCGCCGACACCGACACAUCGCGCAUGCACGGGAACAUGCGCUCAGGGACCUUGCUUCUAACUGACAUACGCCACUACCGUA